GAGAAUUCCCGCAACCGGGAACACGAGGCUGGUGCAGGGACCCAGCCCCUCUCCCAGCCCAGCGCUGCCCAACCAGAGGCCGGUUGGGAUCCGGAUCCUGCUCACAGAACCCCGCACCGCCUCAGCCCCCUCCCCUUCUCUCUCCACCCCCCCCCCCUUCCCGCUCUCUCCCCAUUGAUGUGGGCGGCACCCAGGAGCCGGUUCCUCGCGACCUUUUCGGAGGGGAGGGAAGCGCCUUUCCGCCUCUUUCCUGCGCUCGCGUCCUCCUUGCGCUUUCCUCCCGGCUCCGAUCCGAAGCACGAGAAGGUGAACAAGCAGAGAAGGCAACAAUGAACGUUGAACAUGAAAUCAGCCUUUUAGUGGAAGAAAUUCAGCGACUGGGGACCAAAAAUCCUGAUGGGACGUUGAGUGUGAAGUUUGGAGUACUCUUUGCUGAUGAAAAGUGUGCCAAUCUUUUUGAAGCUUUAGUGGGGACUCUGAAAGCUGCAAAACGAAGGAAGAUUGUUAGUUAUCCUGGAGAACUGCUUUUGCAAGGAGUUCAUGACAAUGUUGAUAUAUUGUUACUGCAGAAUUAAUUUAGCUAGAAUCUCCUUAGCUCCAUAACAUUAUUGCUUUCCCCACCGUUCGCCGGCUAAAAGACUAUACAAAGUUCUAUCAGACCAAUGCAUGUUUGCAUGAAGGUGUAUUUUCCUAUCUUUCUAACAAAAAGAAAAUGUUUUUCUUUGGGAAACCUUUUUGAAAUUAUUUUGUGAAUUGAUCACAAUAAAAUGAUAUAAGAACCUUA